GCAAAGGCGCGCGAACGUCGAAGUUCACGCCACAUGGGGUUGUGGUCGAAGCAGAACUCCGGAUGAACUCGAUGUAACGCAGCGUUAUGGAUUUAUACCCGCUGGGGAUGUUGGAUGAACUUGAACAGUUUCCGUUCGCAGACUUUUUUAUUUACUGGAGAAAACUCGGAACAACUUCUCUGCUCCUGUUGUGGACACCGAGGGUUUAGUGACCUUCUCUUGAAGCGUCUGUUUCUCGACAUCACUCUGGGAGGGGGAAAAAAAGGAACAGGAAGGUUGGAAAGCAAGAGUGAAGUUCACAACAGGAGGUCUAACAACACUGCUGUAAAGGAAACAGAAUGCAAAGUAUAGGGAGAGAGGGUUGAGGUCUCUUUAGGCCUUCAACUCAGACUGUCCCCAUCCUUGUGCCUGGAGCUCUGUGGCCCAGCGAUGAGUGCCACUGCGAGCGUUCAGUCCCAAACCACACCCACUGUAAAGCAGUCAACAUGGAUAGCGGUGCAAUUGCCUUCUACAUCAGCCUGGAGCUGCUGAUUGCUGCGCUGGCCGUGGCUGGAAACGUGCUGGUGUGCUGGGCUGUCAGCCUCAACAGCAAUCUCCAGAGCAUCACCAAUUACUUCGUGGUGUCCCUGGCGGUGGCUGAUGUGGCCGUGGGCCUCCUCGCCAUUCCCUUCGCCAUCAUUAUCAGCACGGGCUUUUGCAGCCACUUCCACGGCUGCCUGUUCAUUGCCUGCUUCGUCCUUGUGCUCACGCAGAAUUCCAUCUUCAGUUUGCUGGCCAUCGCAGUCGACCGCUACAUCGCCAUCAAGAUCCCACUCAGAUACACCAGCCUGGUGACAAAUCAGAGAGCUAAAUGCAUCAUCUGUCUGUGCUGGAUCUUGUCUGUGAUCAUUGGUCUGACACCGAUGCUCGGCUGGCACAUGCCCAGCACCAACAUCACCAACAGCUCAUGUCCUCCCGGCAUGGCUGAGUGUCUGUUCGAGAGUGUGGUCAAAAUGGACUACAUGGUUUUCUUCAACUUCUUUGUCUGUGUCCUCAUACCAUUGCUGGUCAUGUUGGUCAUCUAUGCUCGGAUCUUCAUGGCGGCUUGUCAGCAGCUCAGGCAGAUGGAGUACAAGACGUCGUACAGCCACGGUGAGGGAACAUCCUCAUCCUCAUCGACUCGCUCGACCCUGCAGAAGGAAGUCCAUGCUGCAAAGUCUCUCGCCAUCAUUGUUGGACUGUUCGCUAUCUGCUGGCUUCCUCUGCACAUCAUAAACUGCUUCACAUUGUUCUGUCCGAAAUGCUUGCGCCCACCUCUCUGGGUCAUGUACAUCGCUAUUAUUCUCUCACAUGCAAACUCGGUGGUGAACCCCUUCAUUUACGCCUACCGCAUCCGAGAUUUCAGAUUGACGUUUCGAAGGAUUGUUCGGCAGCAUUUCCUUAGGCAGCGUGAUAGACUGGCCACCAGCAACACCAGAGUUAGCAUCAUCGAGUCAUCUUUUGCCAACAUGACUAAUGGCAACGUGCCAGACCGCAGUCCUGGGAACAGUCUUAAAACUAUAAAGGAAGUUCAUUGCACAGAUAGUGACUGGAGCUCAAACUCAGAUCCAGAGUGCAGUGUUCCUGCUCAACUUUCAGAUCAAAUUAGCAGUGAAAUUCCUUCAGAAAUCAUGCUGGUGAAAGACUGCUGUGUGAUCACCAAUGCCAAUGUGAGCUCCAUAUCUACAAGGACAAAACAUGUGGUGGAGCUCACGGAGGUCUCAUGAAGCAUGACAUUAGCCUAGUUAAAACAAACAUGUAGCCUUGUGUGGGCUACACAUCAGAGGCCUGAUUCAUGCUAUUGUCUGGAGCCAGAUAAGCCUUGGGCUGUGUGUACCUACACUAGUGUGGGAACGGGAAGAGCAUGGCUAUUAAAUUGCAACACAUUUCAUGGGUUUAUCAGAUGGAUGUCCCACAUCUCUCGCAAUUACAGUACUUUUGAAGCUUUUCGGUUCUCUAACAGAAGCUCUGCGCCAAUGAAUCCGUACAAAAAAAUCCACAUUUAUUAACAAAUACAAAUAAUCGUCUAUAUAUUUAACCAUGAUGUUUCGAAUAGUUUGAGAAUUCAGAUACACGUUCAGUUACAGUUGUGGUCAGAAGUUUACAUACAAUGGCAUGAAUGUCAUCUUGGAUAUGAAUGUCAUGGCAAUAUUUGGGCUUUCAGUCCUUUCUUUGAACUGUUCUUUUUCUGUGGCAGAUUGUACAGCAUCCAUCUUUAAUUAAAAAAAAAACACUGGAAUUUGGUGCACAAGUUUUCAUUUUGUCUGGGCUUUCUGUAAUCAACACAGGGUCAAAAUU